AUGCAAAUUACUAGCCUCUUCUCAUCCAUCAAGGAGGGAACCACUUGUUUCCGUACAGUGAUGUUCCAAAUGCCCUCUUCUUGUCGGCGAUGGCAUCCAUUCGGCCCUGAACUACGCAGAGCCAGUUUGAGCCGGUUCAUUCGGCUCUGAACUACGCAGAGCCGCGUGGGCUAUGAAAAUCAGCACAUUGGAGGGUAGCAUGAUGGCUUUGGUCUUUUGUUACUUGUUUCCUGGUUCAUCAAGGCUCUCUUUCUAUGGCUUUACUUUUUUCAAACCUCUUCUUCAAAAUAAUUGCCUCUUCCUAAUAAAUGAAAUUACUUACACAUCAU